UUAUUUUUAAAACGCUCGACCUAAGCGGCUAAGCGUCAGUUCCGGUUCCUCUAUCACAAUUAAUCUUGCUGUAAGGAAUUUCAUGUACAUUGUUUGGAAAUCGAAUUCUCAAAGAAGUCGCAGAAGAUGUCACGGAGCAAUCGGUGAGUCUUUUGGACGAGAACAAACUCCAAAGUUUUUGUUCGGAUUGUGAAGGGUUUAGGGUUUCGAAAGCUCGAAAGUGAAUCGGUUGGUCAAGAGCCAGUGAGAAAUUCAUACUGUGAACUUGCGAUGGAAUUACGUGUGGCAAAUUUGGAUUCGAUUCCAUUGUUCGAGUUCAAGAUCCGUCAGAUUUUAUAAGUCUCUAAUAUUUAACAAAAAAUAAUAAAAAUAAAAAAUCGUCUCUCACUCUGGUGUGCGAGUGCAUUCAUUCGUAAUACAAGAGAUCAUCGAUGCUGCACGAACUCCUACUGGCACUCUUAGGUUACACUGGAGAUCUCAUAAUCGACGAAAGGGAACACCAGAGAUCUCUCGGCGGCAUCCAAUUAUCUCCCGAUGCACCCAUCUCCGACGAACGCACGUUCAAGCUUGCUCCCGACAUCUCUUUUAUAGAACCCAGCGAAAGGGAUGUCAUUGAGAGGAUAAUCACAUUAGGGUUUUACUACAGAGAGCUCGAUCGCUUUGCAACUAAAUCCCGGAAUUUAAGUUGGAUAAGGUCUGGGAAUGAGUCUCCUUUGUCUCGAACAUCUGAAUUAUUGAAAGGGAAAAAGAAGCAUAGUGUGUACCGAAGGGCCAUUGCUAAUGGCAUUGUUGAGGUGCUGUCUGUCUACAGAUCAGCCGUUCUACAUAUUGAACAAAAAUUGUUGUCAGAUUCUAUGCCCAUCUUGGCAACAGUCACCCAAGGCCUCAAUAAGUUUUUUGUUCUUCUGCCACCUCUUUACGAGCUCAUUCUAGAGAUUGAGCGUGAUGGUAUUUGUGGAGGACGACUUCUUAACCUUUUGCACAAACGAUGCCACUGUGGGGUGCCUGAAUUGCAGACAUGCAUUCAGAGGCUUCUUUGGCAUGGGCAUCAAGUCAUGUACAAUCAACUUGCUUCCUGGAUGAUUUAUGGAAUUCUUCAUGACCAGCAUGAAGAAUUUUUUAUUAGCAGGCAGGAAGACAGAGAUGCAGAACAUGACUCAUCUCAUCCAGAUGUGCUUGAAAAGUUGGCACAAAUGUCAACUAAUGAUACAUCUCUGACAGAUUGGCACUUAGGGUUUCAUAUUUCUCUGGAUAUGCUACCGGAGUAUAUUCCCAUGCGUGUUGCAGAAUCCAUUCUUUUCUCUGGAAAAGCAGUCAGGGUUCUUCGGAAUCCAAGUCCUGCCUUCCGAUUCCAGGAUGAUUCAUCUCAUCAACGGAUGCCUAGAGGCCUGCAAAGAAGUCAAGGAUUUACAGGGCGCAUUUCUUUCCAGAAGGAACCCUUCUUAGAUACACAGUUAAUUGGAGAAGAAUUGCUUCCACAAUCUGAGGCUGAUAAGAUUGAAGCUAUGCUUCAAGACUUGAAGGAAUCUUCUGAGUUCCACAAAAGAUCAUUUGAGUGCGCCAUUGACUCGAUUCGGUCUAUUGCAGCCACUCAUCUUUGGCAGCUUGUGGUUGUGCGUGCUGACUUAAAUGGUCACUUAAAGGCCCUUAAAGACUACUUUCUUUUAGCGAAAGGUGAUUUCUUCCAGAGUUUUCUUGAGGAAAGUCGCCAAUUGAUGCGUCUACCACCUCGCCAAUCCACCGCUGAAGCUGAUCUUAUGGUCCCGUUUCAUCUCGCUGCAAUAAAGACUAUUGGUGAUGAAGAUAAAUACUUUUCAAGGGUGUCCUUACGGAUGCCUUCUUUUGGAAUUAUGGUUAAACCCUCCCAAGUGGAUUUGCCAAAGGCAAAAGCUUACACUAAUGGAGACUCAGGUGCACUCUCAGAAACUUUUUCAGAUAUGUCCCUUGAUGGUUGGGAUGCUAUUGCCCUUGAAUAUUCUGUUGAUUGGCCCUUGCACUUGUUUUUUACACAAGAAGUGCUCUCCAAGUAUCGCAGGAUCUUCCAAUAUUUGCUCCGGCUUAAGCGAACGCAAAUGGAAUUGGAAAAAUCAUGGGCUUCUGUGAUGCAUCAAGAUCACACAGAUUUUGCCAGACGUCGUAAUGACCGUAUGAAAUGCUCAUUGACUCAGCAGAGACGACAACGCUUUAGGCCAAUGUGGCGUGUUAGGGAGCAUAUGGCCUUCUUGAUUAGAAAUCUUCAAUUUUAUAUCCAGGUGGAUGUGAUAGAAUCUCAGUGGAAUGUUUUGCAAGCUCAUAUUCAGGAUUCUCAUGAUUUCACUGAACUGGUGGGCUUCCAUCACGAAUACUUAUCAGCUUUAAUUUCACAAUCUUUCUUGGACAUUGGCUCUGUAUCAAGGAUACUGGACAGCAUAAUGAAACUUUGCCUGCAGUUCUGCUGGAACAUUGAGAACCAAGAAAGCAGUGCAAAUACUGUUGAACUGGAUCAUAUAACUGAGGAAUUUAACAAGAAAUCGAACUCCUUGUACACUAUACUGCGAAGUAGCAGGCUUGCUGGGAGUCAGCGAGCUCCAUUUCUUAGGCGUUUCCUUUUGCGUCUAAACUACAAUUCCUUCUUUGAGGCAACUGCUAGAGGGGUGCUGAAUGUUGUCAGACCACGCCCCACACUCCCGGUUUUGCACUAACAAUUGCAUGUCUUCCCUGAUUUCAGAAGCCGCCUGACUAAGAUGUGGUUUCUCACGUGACUGUUGAAAUUUAGGUGAUGCUUUGUUAGCUUAGCGUACGGGUGUAAUUCAGUUCCCAGCUUGAUGAUGUCAGGUUUCCAUCCUUGGCAGUUAGGUAGCACUUCAAGCAGAUCUGGUUUAAGAGGUAUUGUUAGAGCUUCCGGUGAUUUUCCUGUGCAAGCCAGGAGGUGUUUUAGGUGGCUGGUUUAGGCUCUUGGGUCCAGUCCCUAUUCUGGUUGAUCAUCCCUGGGUUAUGAUUUCUGGUUGAUGGUUGCAUUUAUGAAAGGGUAUGGUUCCCCACCAGCCCGCCUCUCACAGUCAUGGGAAGUGCGAGUUUUUGGGCUGUGUGCGUAGGUUUUCCUGUAAAAAAAUUGUGAUGUGUUAUUUUUAUUGUUUUGUUAUAAUUCCUUUUUGUUGGUAAAUAUAUUAUUAUUUCUCAGGGAUUUAUAACUUGUAUGUUUUGCAACGUUUGGAGUUGUCUCCAUGAAAGGCACGACUUCUCGCUA